AUGGGAAGACGGAUUCGGAGGAGUCAUGGUGGCUUUAUCCUCUAUGCCUUAAAACAAUUUCAAAGGGAUAAAUUUAUGCUGUACAAAGCUGCAAUGAAGUUCAUUGUGAGAAUGACCAAGUCCUCUGUAACAAGUGCUAAGGUUAGUCAAGAUGGCCGUUACAUAACAAUUGCGGAUGGGUUGACAGUCGACUGUUUGAACAAGGGGUAUCAUGGUCCAGUCCAUUACGUUCGUUUCUUGCCAGGAGGAGGAUCAUAUGCCUUAGGAUAUGAAGACGGGGCCUUUAGAAUAUGGCAGACAGGUCCAACUAACAAUGCUGAGCAAGAAUCUUCGGGUCCCAGUUUAUCAAAGGUUAUUACUCAACAAAUUGAGAAUGUGCACAUCACAGAUGAAGAUAAACCCGGUCAAAAGGCGAUAAAGUCUAAGUAA